AUGGGCACAAAGUGGACAGCUGUGCAUGGAUCGAAGUACCCUUUGAGUUUCAUUUGGUUCAUUUGCUCGUGCCAUUGCUUUUUUGACUGCAGUUGUGCAGUGUCCACUAGGAUGUCUUUGCUCUCCUUGUGUCUCAGACUGCCGUCACUUCUGGCAGGUCGACAGGCCACUCUAGGCCAGAUGCACCCCGCCACCGUGGACUCUCUUCUUGGCCUCGGGACACUCCUGGCGAAGAACUCCUCUGAGGCGGAAGUUUGCCUGAGCGAAUUGCAGGUCUUGGAGGCGGAGACCGCGGAGGAUGAGCGUGACCUGUCCAUGGAGCUCAUGAUCGACGCAGGGGUACCCGACGAAGCACAUUGUUCGAAAGAUGAAGAUGAAGUCGAUGCUGACGAGGCCAAAGCACCUCCACAGGAGCAGAACGAGGAAUCAAAGGAUUUGGAGCUGAUCGUCACAUUCCUUGAGCAGAUGAAGCCCUCUACGCCAGAGCUGUUACGGCGGUUCCAGCUUGGAUGGUCUUGUCUGGUUACAGUCUACAUCUACAUCUACAUCUACGAGUCGAAGCGCUCUUCCUGGCGCAUUGCUUUCGGCAACACUUCCGAACCUUGGACACGAGCGUGGAGCGUUUGCAGCACGGAGAAGCUCAAGAAUGCACACUGUUGGUGUUGCAGUGUCAAUCACAUCGACCCACAAAGGGUCCUGUGUGAUCGAUUAAUCGUUCGCAAGUGCGUGAUUUGCUGGUUCGGAACAGAAGAACACUUCAACGAGUUGGUUCGGUCAAGUGUGGCCCUCCAGCAACUGGGCUCUGAUGCCUUUCCGUAUUUUGCGAUGCUGGGUGCUACGACACCCAUCUUGUCGGCCUUCAUGGACUCGGUGGCCAGUCUUCUACGUGUUGACAAUGAGGAGACAAGAGAGGUGGUGUUUUCGAUCUUCAUCAUCAGAUACCUGACCUAUUGGCUUUGGGGUGUUCCUUGCCAGACGAUCGCCAGUCAAGAGCCUUUGAGCACGAGACCAGAAGACCAGAGGUACCGAGAAGGUGGAAUCUUCAAGUCAGCUGCAUACGAAGACAGUGACACUAUCUCUAGUUUUUACGCAUGGAAGCAUUUGAAGACCGGGAUCAUCGUGUGGAAAGAUGCCAUGGACUUGUCAUCUUUGCCAAAUCCAAAGGUCUAUUUCCACUACACGGGCGAGCUCCCUUUUCGGAACAUCACGGCGCUCGAGAAGGAGGCGGCCGAGAUUUGGGCCUCUCUGAAAACGGAGGGUCCCAGUGCCAAUGCCUGGUGGGGCGCUGGAAUCUUUUGCGUCCCAAAGCCACCCAAUGAGUGGAAGGACCGACACGAGCUGCUGGACAACAACUUUCGCAACAUGAUGCGGCGAGACCACACAGAGAAAGGGGAAGCCUAUGUGCAGAAGGAGUAUCCACCACGAGCCGGGUUCUGCAUUCCGCUUCUGGUCGAUGCUGCGAAUGCUUAUGACAUUUCAGAACGGCAGACACCAGAAAUGAAAGCAGCUGGAAAGGCCCCUGGCCGGAAUUUGGCAAACAAGCUGCUGAAUGAACCGGGACAGCCACAGCGUUGUUGCGUGGUACUGCGUGUGGAAGGUGAAAGUGGCAUUGAGAAUGCCAAAGCCAGACUUGUGGAUACUCUUCGCAAGCGUGAGGCGAGUGCAGAGAACGCUGAAGUCAAGAUGGAUGCAAAAGAGCGCCUGGGGCAAGCUCUACUCUGCCGUGGAAUGUACGAAGAAGCCUUAUCGUUUCUUUCAGAAGCAUUGUCUGCUCGAGAGCUCAGCAAAGGAAAGGAACACCCGGACACCUUGAAUUGCACGUUGUCUUUUGCAGAAUGCCUCGAACUCAUGGGACGCUUCAACGAUGCAGAGAAGCUUCACCGUCGAUGUGUUGAAGCGUGUGAGCGUAUCUUGGGUGCUGAUGACGAUCUCACCUGGGGGGCUCGAAGAUGCUUGGCUGGGUGCCUUUGGCGAAUGGCCCACUUCCAAGAAGCGGAGCUCUUGAUGCAACAAGCGCUUGAGGCGCUGGAGCGCAAGUGCGGGGCAGAGGAUCCCGAAACUUUGCAAUGGCUUAGCAGUUUGGCAACACUUCUUGCCGAGAUGGGUCGAGCUCCAGAAGCUGAGGCCUUGAUGAGUCGCUUAUUGGAGCGCCAAGAGCACAUCCUGGGCACAGACCACCCAGACACAUUGACCACUCUCCACAACCUCGCUGGCCUUCUCAUCGGAGUGGAUCCCUUCAGAGCAGAGCCAAUGGUGCAAAGAUGUUUGGACUGCUGCCGAGGGGCUCUGGGUGAAAGCCACCCCACCACCUUGUCAGCGGAAAACCAGCUCGCUUUGUGCCAGGUUGAGAUGGGCCACUACCAAAAGGCGGAGGCUUUCAACCAGGCAUGCUUGGCAGCUCGAGAGCGUGUGUUGGGUGCAAACCAUCCAGACACAUUGAUCUCAGUGAACAAUCUGGCAAAUUGCUUCAGCGCCAUGGGAGACCACCUGCGAGCGGAGUCGCUCUUGCGGCGAGCUGUUGAGUCUCACGAGCAGACCAUCGGUGUGGACCAUCCAACGACCCUGGUGUUCGUCAACAACUUGGCCAGGUGCCUUUUGAGCAUGGGCCGCCACGAUGAAGCAGAGCCUUUGUCCCGUAGAGCCGCCCAUGCAUCAGAACAGACCCUGGGCAAGGAGCACCCACAAGCCAUUGCUUUUCGGGAGACCUGGACCGAUUGCCUUGAAGCUAUGGGCGAAAUUGAGGGAUCUGGCGCUUCAUCGGAGGCUCAAGUAGUGCCUCAAGAAAACAAUUUUUCUUGGAAGGAGGUGGAGCAGCUGUUCCUAUCUACCUUGGGAGCCGAGUCCAUCCUCAGCUGGGAGAGUUGGAUGAAGAUCCUUCAGUCGGCUGGCGUGGAGUCGGGGGAAGCCAAAAUGUUGCUAGAGGAGCGGGGCCAACGCAAGGCGCCAAACAUCAGCGUCCGAAGCUUCUUGAACCUGGUCCGCCCAGUGUGA